AUGUGUAGAAAGGCGUACAUCACCAGCUUUGCAGUUGAUUGGUGGAGCCUUGGUGUUUUAGUGUAUGAACUUUUAACAGGGGCAUCACCUUUUACUGUAGAGGGAGAGAAAAAUUCUCAGACUGAGAUCUCCAAAAGAAUACUUAAAAGUGAACCUCCUUAUCCUCCAGAAGUAGGACCCAUAGCUAAAGACAUAAUUCAGCGCCUUUUGAUAAAAGACCCAAGAAAGAGGCUUGGUUGUGGUCCAAGUGACAGUGAAGAAGUCAAGAGCCAUCCCUUUUUCCAGAAAGUAAACUGGGAUGCCUUGGCUGCCAAAAAGCUGAAAGCUCCUUUUAAACCAAUAAUCCGAGAUGAAUUGGAUGUUAGUAAUUUUGCAGAGGAGUUUACUGAAAUGGAUCCAACUUAUUCUCCUGCCGCCUUGCCUCAGAAUUCGGAGAGAAUAUUUCAGGGAUACUCUUUUAUUGCACCUUCCAUUCUAUUCAAGCAUAAUGCAGUUAUGACUGACCCUGUUCAGCUACAUGAAGGAGUAGAUCGACCAGGAGUUACUGCUGUUGCCAGGAGUGCAAUGCUGAAGGAUUCUCCGUUUUAUCAUCAUUAUGAGCUGGAUAUGAAAGAUUAUCCCUUAGGAGAAGGAAGUUUUUCUAUCUGCAGAAAAUGCUUAAAGAAGAAGACAGGCCAGGAAUUUGCAGUUAAAAUCAUCAGCAGAAGACUGGAAGCUAACACACAAAGAGAAAUAGCAGCACUAAAACUAUGUGAAGGACAUCCUAAUAUUGUGAAGCUCCAUGAUGUUUAUCACGAUCAGCUGCAUACAUUUCUGGUGAUGGAGCUACUGAAAGGUGGGGAGUUACUUGAGCGCAUUCGAAAGAAGAAACAUUUCAGUGAGACAGAGGCCAGUCAUAUCAUGAGGAAACUUGUCUCUGCUGUAAGCCAUAUGCACGAUGUUGGGGUAGUCCACAGAGACCUUAAACCUGAGAAUUUAUUAUUCACAGAUGAAGGGGAUAAUUCAGAAAUUAAAGUUAUUGAUUUUGGUUUCGCUCGAUUAAAACCUCCUGAUAAUCAGCCUCUAAAAACUCCUUGUUUCACCCUUCAUUAUGCUGCCCCUGAACUGUUGAAACAUGAUGGCUAUGAUGAGUCCUGUGACUUGUGGAGCCUAGGAGUCAUUCUGUAUACAAUGCUUUCGGGGCAGGUGCCCUUUCAAGGUAUAGACAGCAGAGUAUUUACACAAGUGAGUGCUGAACAGAUAAUGAAGAAAAUAAAAGAAGGGGAUUUUUCUUUUAAUGGAGAGGCCUGGAAGAGUGUUUCGCAAGAAGCUAAGGAAUUAAUUCAAGGACUUCUUACUGUGGAUCCAAAUAAAAGAAUUAAAAUGUCAAGCCUGAGAUACAGUGAAUGGCUGCAGGACAGCAGUCAACUUUCUUCCAAUCCUUUGAUGACUCCAGAUGUACUGGAUAGUUCAGGAGCUUCUGUACAUACAUACGUCAAAGCAACAUUUCACGCAUUUAACAAGUACAAGCGAGAGGGAUUUUGCCUUCAGAAUGUGGAUAAAGCUCCUUUAGCAAAGAGGAGAAAGAUGAAAAAAACCAGCACAAGUACAGAGACACGCAGUAGUUCUAGUGAAAGUUCCCAUUCCUCCUCUUCUCAGUCCCAUGAUAAAACUACACCCACGGUAAUGUCAGCACCAGAUAAUCCCACUGCCAGCCGUAGCACAGAGACCAUCUUCCAGGGUAAUGUUUCAUACAACAAAUAUUUCACAUUUAAUUCAUUAAGUCCCUUAGGUUGUAAUCAGUCCAGAGAAAAGAUAUAUUGGGGUGUAGACAUCAGCCAGAGCACAUUACAACUGACCUGCUUUAGGGGGCGUGACCUCUUAAAUGUAGAUGAUGAGUCCUCUUAACCCUACAGUUCCCCAGAUACCUUGAAGCUCAUAAAAUUCUGUGACCGGUCUGUCAUGCCAUUCCUUCAUUCCCUCCUCCAGAAUUGUCUCCAAGUAUCUUGGAAAGAAGGUGGAGGAAGCUUAGAUCAUAUCCCUAUGGAUCCAGUGAUUCAUUUUGCUGGUACUUGCAGCUUGAGAAUGCCCAGACUGUGCUCCAGUAGAUCUUUAAAAAAAAUGUGAAUGGAAAAAGGUCCUAAUCAGAUAUCCAGGUACUGAUUCAUUUGAUAUCCUUAUUCCAGUAUAAGCCCCAGAAACCUCAACAUUUUGUACCUUUGCUGUCAAACAAGGAAUCUUGGGCUUUGGACAGGGUAAGCAGUUUUUCUCACCCUUUGAGAUUGUAGUCCUUCCCACUUGAUAAGGGACUGGAAAAAACUUUCUUCUUUCCCUCGGUCUGGGCUGAAAGAAUUGGUUGAGUUUCUCUUCUGCAUCUCGAGUGGACUUUCACUUGGCUUUGACUACACUGUUAAUAUGAUUAGGGCAGCAAGGUUGGAUAUGUGCUUGUGCAGGAGUAUUUCACCUGAGGCUCUUUUCGCUUGAAGAGGAGCUCAGGUACUCUAUUCUGAAUGCUUGUUUAAGUGGCUAUGGUUCUGCACAACCAGCCUUCUCAGGAUCUUAUGAACCAGUUCCUGAGAUAGUAAUAGGUCCUAUUCGAUGUGGAGAACCUAUGUUAGCCCUUUCCCAACCUCACUCUCUUGUAAAUUUUGGCUGGAUUAUUAGAGAGCUGUGUAAUGGAGGGUGAGAUAGGCCCAGAUUCUGCAUCGAGGCUGUCUCUCCUUUUGGUUUAGGGCAGGCAUUAUUUUCUUUUCUUUUUGUUUCUUAAAAGAGCAGAAGGUUUCCAUUCCAUCCUGGAUAUCAGCGAUUUUAAUGAGCACAUUCAGUCUUUCAGGUUCUAGAUUGUUUCUUAACUAGGUCAUGUAUUUUCUGCUGCAGGAUGCUUGUAUAUUGUGUUUGGAGAGGAAUAACACUUUCUGGUUAGCAGUUACUGCUCCAUGAGUGUGUCUACCAUAGUGCUAAUCAGAGCCUGACAAAAAAAAGGAGCUGUGUGGAGUCCCUUAUCUGGACAGUUGCUUCCUGGUGCCUUCAUCUAGAGACUGGGAGCAUCCCUGAUGUAGAUGGUAACUCCAUUGCUGCAGUUACUAGGGGUGAACAAAAAUUGAAAGAAAUAUGCUCUAAUCUCAUCUAGGAUUGUUUUCAUUAAAAAGAAGCUAUUCAUUCUCCACUUUCAUAUUUUCUUGCCAGUGAAGUAGGCUCAGAAGGUUGUGUGUUUUGCAACUUAGGUAAGAAUGAAGGAGAUGGCCCAUGUUUGAACAUAUAUGUAUCUUCAGGAUUGAUGACAGCCACAGUCUUCAUUGUUAUAUUUGCAUACCUGCUGAUAUGCCUUUUACCGCAGACUGGAAGUUGCCAUUGGCUACAGAGUCACCUUAUGCUUGCAGAUGAUCUUCUAGUUGGAUACCUGUUACAGGUCUGUGGUUUGCUGUACAGUCCCCAUCAGUACUUAGAAUGGCCUUCCGUUCCUGCCCCUGAACCUUACACAAGGUGCUGAAGUUGAAUGCUUCUGUGAUACAGUGGGGAGUUCACUUUGCAGUAUUUGCAAUACAAGGAAAGUAAUUCCUAUUUGAUGAGGUGUAUUUCUGAACAUAGUCAUUGGAAGAUACGGUGUUUCUGGGGCUCCCUCUUAUCUUGUUUGAUAUUAUGUGUAAUCUAAAUCAGGAAGGGAGCAUGCAGUUGCAUUUUUUCCAGACAGAAAGAGAGAGAUUAGUGGGCCAUGGACAAUCAUCACUUUUUUAACAGUUCAUAUCCAGAUGAAGUGAACUUUGCUGGUGGACUUUAAAGCUUCUCCACCCCUGUCUUGAUGCUGCAGAUUUAAAUAUUCUGAAAGUGGGAAACUUUAAAGACUGACAUUGUUUGCCAGCUUAGAGCAUUUGUAGCAGGACAAGAGGCAGCAUGACGUGGCUUUUUUUUCCUCUGCCCUUUAGUAAGGGAGACUCUUGUAUGCAUUCAUUCCAUUCCCUCUAACUCUACACUUAAUUUACAAAAUUCGGAGAACAAAGGCCAAAACAAAUCCUUGUUACAAGUUGGCGACCUAGAAUGGUGUCGUUUGAUUCUCACAUCCAUGAUAAUGGUGGAAACUGUCCUAGAUCUAGGCAGGGAGCUUCCCCAAAAUUGGUGCAGCAGCUAGUGCCACCUCAGGGCUUGGGUUUUACUAUAGAUCCUCUGAUCCUGCAGUGAGUCAUCUUGCUGGUAUUGCAGAAGUGAUCAGUUACCAGAAACCCUGUAACCCAACAGAUACACUUUGUCAAGUUUAAGAGGUUCUUCAUUUUGGUAGAUUAGAAUCUGAUGCUGACACACACAUAUUUAGUUUGCAGGUGAUUAUGUCUUUCUCUGGUACCUGUAUGAUUUGGGUCUGUAUUUCUCUGUGAUCAUGGUUGAUGGGGCAGCUGUUUUUGCUUAUUUCCUUGUGGAAGGCAGUGUUGUGUUCCAGCAGUUGUUUAAGCACUGCAUCUCUAUCUCCACCCUCCCCUCUUUGCCAUUUCUCCACCCUCCCUUGAUGAAUCCCUCCUUUCUCUGUCAUUUCUUCUCCCUUCCUUUGAUGAAACCUUUCCUCCUUUGCUAUUUCUUCUCCCUCCAUUCUUUAUCAAUUCUCCACUGUCACAUUGAUGAUUCUCUCCCUUCUUUGCUAUUUCUCCACCCUCCCUUUGAAUUCCUCCCUUCUUUGCCAUUUGAGCUUAUCAGAAGGUUUGUCCAUCACUGUAUGCAUAUGCUGCGUUGGUUGCAUCCAGGUUUGUAUCUUUAAGUGUUAGUAAUGGCUAUCACCUCUGCUCACAGGAUGUUAGAGCUACAGACUUUUGUUUAAAGGGAAUCAUAUCUGAACUUUCUAGAACCAUCCACUAUUUCCUAUUAAAUGUGAUUUCUGAACUACACUUGACCAUUCCUAUGUUCCCGCUUCCUCUUGCCAUGGUGGAGAGAGAGCCCUCACACCUUGCAUGUAGAUCACCAGCUCAAGGUUAGCCUGAAUUGGGGUGCUUGAGUUUAAGAAAUAGCAGCUGUUUACCUCCUUUGUUAGGAAGAGAUGACUGUUACUUUUUGGCGUCUACCGCGCUGAAGUCAAAGCCAACAUCAAAGGCCUCUGGCUGAUCAAAUUUGCAGACUGUUGCAAAUUAGGAGCAGUCAU